GAUAUGUCUCUAGAUAGUGACAAUGACUUUAUCACCGGCCUACUGGAGAUGUACUGUGGACAUGAAUGUCUCUGGAAGGUCAAGGCCAAGGGGUAUUCCGAUAAAGUGCGCCGGAAUGCGGCAUUGGAGGAGUUAGUGGACUACUGUAGGCCCUUUGUGUCCACUGCAGAGAAAGAAUGGGUCAAGAAAAAGAUCCAGAACCUGCGUACAGUAUUCCUGAAAGAACACAAAAAAAUGGAGCAGUCUAAAAAGUCUGGAGCACGUUCGGCCCAGAUUUACAAAACCUCGCUCUGGUACUACAGCAUGCUGGAGUUUGUCCUGGACCAGGAGCAUACCCGGACAGGUUUCACCUCCCUCCCUCGGACUGCCACACAAGAGACACCAGAGCCUGAAGACGGUGACCUAUCUCUGACAGCAUCUACUGGAAGUGUGGAGAUUCCCGCCACUUCAGACCUCAGCAUCAUCCACAAUACAGAGGAAUCCCAGCCCCAAGUUCCUACCCCUGAAACACCCGCUACCGCGGAUACCCCUGCAUCAACAGCUCCUCCGCCGCGCCCCCGGAAGAGAGCCCAAAAAAGAAAGGACAUCACCCAGGAGGGUGAAGACAUUAUCUUUGAGCAGAUUAAGGCAAGACUUGCUCGCCUCCACACCCCCGUUAGAGGCACUGAGUACCGCCUAUGGAAGAAGUAACUGGAUGUUACGAAACGCGUCUAGGACUCCCUAUUUAAGUGAUUGCUGAAUAGUUCAGACUUCUGCCCGGCACCUCCAGAACACUCGGCACCCGUUACCAGCUUAUCGUGUAGGACGCCAUUUAUUCAGUGCCGCAGUGAUCAGUGCUUUCUGGAUGCCGGAGCGGCUGUGCGUUUGACCGCUCGAACGGGUGUAGCAAGAGUGUUAACCCACUCGUUGGAGCUGCCUGGCUGCCCGUACGGAAACCUCCCAUCAGCGUGACUCAUCCAGCCGCACGGUUAGAAGCCGCUAGCUAACUGCACUACACCGCUACGGUUCACAGGUAACAGCCGUAUAUCGCAUCGUGCAUCCCCGGGGACGCUCGGCUGCACUAAAAACUCCUCGUACUGGCAAACAGGUCCCGUAUUACAAGCAUAAGGGACAGAGUGAGCAAAUGUACCUGUGACCGAUUUUAUCUGUGGUGCACAGCUUUUGGAUAUAAAUACCGGUGUCCUUUGGACUCAAUUAUCGGGUGCAAUUUAACACGGAGGAUUCCAUUCCUCACUGAACUUGUGGCUUAAUUCUUGUCAGUUUGGACAAUAUACUUUUCAGCACACUUAUUUAUGAUGAGAAUUGUCUCUUUUUAAUUG